AUGGAAAACAAGAAAGGCUUCUACAAGUACAUCAGCAGUAAAGGAAAAUGUGGGUCUGCUGCUGGCAAAUUAGAGGCUGCUGACACAAGCAUGAACCGGGAGACUAGUAACACGCUCGAAAAGGAACGCGGGAGCGAAGCCCCCCGGCACCGAGACCGAGAUAUCACCGGGCACCGCACCGGGACCAGCACCGGGACGUCGGGCAAAGACACCCCCGGGCACUGGGACCAAGACACCGCUGGGCACCGGGACCGCGGCACCCCCGGGCACCGGGACCGAAGCUCCCGGGCUCCGAUCGCCGGGCUGCGAUGCUUCCCGGGGCGGGUCCCCUCGCCUUCCUCCUCCGGUGCCUACUGCUCCUCUUCGCCGCCGAAAACAGAGCCCGGGCUCCUGGCUGACUGGGGCAGGUCGAGGCUUUACCUGCAGCAGGGACUCGCCUCUGGGGACUCCUCAGUGUCCUGUAGCGUGGAGGAGCUCCGAUGGCCGGAUAUGUUCUGCGACUUCAACGGCAAGAAAUACAGCCCGGGCGAGAGCUGGCACCCCUACCUGGAGCCACAAGGGCUGAUGUACUGCAUCCGCUGCAGCUGCUCCGAGAACACCAACAUCAGGUGCUACAGGAUCCAGUGCCCGGCUCUGCAGUGUGCCAGUCCCAUCACGGACCCCCAGCAGUGCUGCCCACGGUGUCUCGAGCCGCAUUCCCCUUCUGGCCUCCGGGCACCCAUCAAGUCCUGCCAGUACAACGGGACGACCUACCAGCAAGGCGAGAUGUUCACCACCAGCGAGCUCUUUCCCAGCCGCCAGCCGAACCAGUGUGUGCAGUGCAGCUGCUCCGAAGGCCAGAUCUACUGCGGCUUGGUGACUUGCCCAGAGCUGUUGUGCUCCUCUCCCCUAACUGUGCCGGAUUCCUNAUGUUUUUCCCUUGCAGAUGGCUCAUAUGAGAAGUCCACGGAGGAGGAACCCCUGCAGUUAAACAGAGGUGUUAGGCACUCGCAAGACCAGUGUUUGGGGGAAGCGAUUGCCAGGAAGCCACCCGGAGCCACCAUGUCCACUGUUCUCAGUUCUUCCCUGGAGUUCAUUCCCAGGAGCUUCAAACCCAAGGGAGGUGGUGGCACCACCGUGAAGAUCGUCUUGAAAGAGAAGCACAAGAAAGCUUGUGUUUACAACGGGAAGACCUACUCCCACGGGGAAGUGUGGCACCCCGUCUUCCGGCUCUACGGUCUCCUGCCCUGCAUCCUCUGCACUUGCAGGGACGGUGUCCAAGACUGCCAGAAGAUCACAUGCCCCAAGGAGUAUCCAUGUGACUAUCCAGAGAAAGUAGAUGGAAAAUGCUGUAAAAUAUGUCCAGAAACCAGAGUCAAACCCACUGAUGAAAUAGUCACCACCCGGUGUGGCAAGAACCCCAACCGCGUCCUGGUGUACAUGUUUGUGCCAUCGAGCUCAGAGACCUCCAAGGAGAUCCUCAGGACGAUCGCAAUCGAGAAGGAGCCUGCAGAAGAGGUGGAAAUCUACAACUGGAAGCUGAUUAAAGGCAUAUUUCAUCUGAUACAGACCAAGAAGAUCAGCAAACAAGAGUUCAAGCAAGAAGCACAGAACUUCAGGCUGAUCACCAGGACGAAUGAAGGUCACUGGAACAUCUUCCGAGCCCGGACGUCAGAGUUGAGGAUGACAGAGAGCCCAGAGAAAGAAACAAAGAACUUGUAAAGAAAAACACUUUAACCUAGCUGUUGAUUUAUCUACACACACACACACAUACACACAUACACAUAUAUAUGAAAAAAAAAAGUUGCAUUAUUAAAUAGACUGGCACAGCAAUAAAGGAUACACUAGUGUAAAUUACAGAAACUCCAGCAAAUGAACCAAAUUGAACCACA